GAACUCGCUCUGCAACCUCUUCGUCGGACCUCUUUUCAUUCCAUAACCUUCAGAUUUGAGGGCUGCACGGUUUUGUCUCAGUCAAUUUUCACGCCAUGAGCUUUGGUUUCUCCAUUGGUGAUUUCCUAGCAGUGGCGAAGUUGGUGGAGAGUACUAGGAAGCGUUUCAAGGGAGCCCCAGCGGAAUACAAUGCACUAGCUGAUGAGACACGCACACUCCAAAUAGUCCUCACCGACCUCAGGAUUCAGGUCGAAGAUGAUGAGCUCACGGACUCCAUCAAAAACGAUUUGCAAAGCGCUAAGAAGAACUGUGAGGCCGUCUUGAGGGACCUGAAUGCGGUCAUCGACGCUCACACUGAACUUGAUUCGGCAACUGCCGUACCUCGAAAAGUGCCACAGCGGAUAUGGAAACGUCUCCGAUGGGAUCCCAAGGAGGCAAACCAGCUGCGCUCUCGGCUCACUUCAUCCAUCCAACUGCUGGCCGCUGUGCGCCAAAGUUUGGACAGUACUCUACAACAUGACGUAGCUCAAAAUUUGGCGAGACUAACUGCCACCCACGAUAACAAGGAAGUUCGACAAAUUGCGGACUGGCUUGCACCUGGCACCUAUUCUGAACAUCAACAUGACUAUUUCACAAGAGUCCAAGCGGGAACAGGACAGUGGGUAUUCACCGAUCCAUUAUAUUGCAGUUGGCUCCGCGGCGGAGGCCCUUCCACGCUGCUGCUUCCCGGCAUCCCUGGAGCUGGCAAGACUUUCGUUGCAUCAAUCAUCAUCAAUUGGUUGCAAGCACGCGUAUCCCACGAUGACACUUCAGGGCUUGUGUUCUUCUAUAACAGCUUCCAAAGGACUGCUACUCAGUCCUGUCGCCACAUUGUCGCCAGCAUGGUGCGGCAACUGUAUUUGCAGAAACCGCACAAAAACGAUGUAGUCAGGGGUGUCUAUGAGGAACACAUCAAGCGCGAGCCGGCUACGCUUCCCAGCCUGGAAGAAUUGUGUACGACGCUCGAAAAGCUUUUGGCGGGCUUCUCUGUGGUUUUCUUUGUCAUUGAUGCCUUGGACGAGUGCCAGGGACCGGAGGCAUCUGAUGCCAGGCCGUGGAAAUAUAUUCUCACUUUCCUAUUUCGAUUGCAGGAACAACUGAAAUCCCAGGUGGCCAUCAAGGUGCUCGCAACUUCACGACCCGAUCUGGAAAUUGAUGGUCUUUUCCCAAACGACGGACGGCUGACAAUCCAUGCCAGAAAUGACGACCUUGGUAAGUUUUGUGAUUCGCUGAUACCCAAUAUCGGGUGCAUUGCCCGGAAGACGGAGCUGCACCCCAAAAUCAAAGAUGCCAUCUGUGAUAGCGCCAGGGGCAUGUUUUUGUUGGCAAAACUGCACUGCGACACCCUUGCGGCCAAAACAAAACCUAAGGAUGUAUUGAAAUCCCUCAAUACUUUUGCGCAGGGGGGCGAUGCUCUCAAUCGAGCCUACCAGGACACCAUCCAAAGGAUACAGUGCCAACCCGAGGAGCAUAAAGCACUAGCAAAGAAGGUCUUGGUUUGCGUGACACACAGCGCUCGACCACUUACUCUAGACGAAAUAAGACAUGCGCUUGCCGUCGACCAAGAAACCACUGAGCUGGACCCGGAGUACGACCUCGACAAUCCUGACGAUGUGAUCUCAAGCUGUGCCGGUCUAGUGACCAUCGACUCUGAGAGCAGAAUUAUUCGUUUGGUUCACUAUACCACACAAAGCUUUUUGGAAUCGCUCGGGGACGAACUCAUGCCGGAUCCACAUGACUUCCUUGCCACCUGCUGUUUGGAUUAUCUGCACCUGGAUGUGUUUGCGGAAGGCCACCUUGUCGACAAUAGCUACUUUCGACACAGGCAAGAAUUUCCGUUCUUUCAAUAUAGCGCAAAAUACUGGCACUGGCACAUUUUGUCUGGAAGUGGCAACAUAUUUUUGAAGCAGCGGGCGUUCUCCUUCCUCGACAAUAAUGGACGUGUCGCGACUGCAACUCGAUGUCUAUCUAAUGAUGCAUGGGACAUACACGGCGAAUGUGCCCUCCACUUCCUCGCAUUCCAGGGUUUGAAUGACUGGAUCACCGACUACAUUGGUCGUGGACCUGUAACAGAGGGAAACUGGGAUGGCAAAGGGUCAUGUCCAGAUUGUAGGACAUCAUCAACAGAAAUCAGACGUCGUCUUUCAAACAAUACAACAUCUUGGAUAACGCUACUGACAAGCUGGUGCGAUUCCAGAGGACGCACGCCGUUGUGGUACGCGAUUCGGAAACGGCAUGCAUCCACUGCGAGGCUUUUGAUCGAUCUGAAUAAUGAGAUAAUUGAUAAGGUGGAUGACGAAGGGCAGACCCCAUUGAACCUUGCGCUGGUUUACAAGGUUGAGGCAGUCGCCCUCAGGAUCCUUGAAGAGCCCAAGAGGGUUUCAUGGUAUCAGUAUCGAGACCGGGAUGACAGCAGCUAUCUUCACAAUGCAGUCUCCUACGGGCAUGAAGCUGUAGUCGAUCGGCUAUUGGAAUUGGUGUCCGCUUUCGACACGAGCGGGACCCGCAGCAUUGCGAUCUCUUAUACUACUUCUCAAGAGAAGUUCAGAGACACACCAGUUCAUGACGCGGCUGGGGCAGGGCACCUCGGGAUUGUCGAGAAGUUGUUGGCUUGUAGCGGCGGACGUGGGCUGAAUUUGCGAACUCGCAUUGGACACACGCCACUCAUAUCAGCAGCCAAAGGCGGCCACCUGGAGGUGGUUCAGUAUCUAAUGAGCCAAGAUGGCAUUCAGGCAGACUUUCGUGAUCGCCAUGGAAUGUCCGCCCUGCAUUGGGCCGCAGCAUGUGGCACAGUGCCUGUUCUCGAAUAUCUGCUCAGUACUGGUCUCUUCCCGGCAAAUUCGACAUCCACCAGCGGCAGAACUGCUCUGCAUUAUGCGUCCGUACACCACAAACGAGCCGUGGUGUCUUUGACUUCGCGAGAGGACGUUGGCGUGAAUUGUACAGACAAAGACGGGAGGAAUGCUCUGAUGGUGGCUGCUCAAUAUGCAAGCGCGGAUGUCAUAGCUCACCUUGCCCCUUUGAUGCGUGAUGUCAACUCGACUGAUGCAGACGGCGAUAUAGCUUUGCACCAUUUAUGUAAAAGUCGCUACUGGGCAUAUAGGCCAGAAGGUGGCAGUAAAGCCCAAGCAAGCUUUGACUCUCUGGUCAAAAAUGGUGCCUCGUUGGAUAUCACGAAUAAGCAGGGCCAGACUCCAUACGAAGCAUUGUGUCUUCGAAUGGAGGGUCUCGAUGCCACCAACGACAGGAAAGAGCUUGAAAGCUUGGAAACAUUAAAGCGAAUGACGGAGUCAUACAUGUCAGUCAGCACUGAAGCCUGAUAGCAGUCGAACGAAUCUGUGGAGGAUAUCAGCGCUUGCAAGACCACAACGCAGAACCACCUCGCUUGCAUUCACGAUCAGUUCACUCACAUCUCACUUCCAAAGGUGUCCCACCGAGGACACAUGCAAGAUUUCCGACUCCAUUACCUUGUCGUCUACUUCCUCCACGAUAACUCGGACACUCCAGGUCGUUCUAGGUCGACCAAGUCUAGCGAACACUUCUCGACUUCGAUGUUGGCUCGAAGAAAAUCGCUCGAGAAAACGACAAUACCGAAUUUCUUUGGCGCCACCUCACGAACAUGCGACUUCUCGAUCCUGAAAUCGACUCAGAAAUACCCAUUGAGGUUUAUGGAUCCAACGAGAAGGAGAGUAUGGACGAAUAAUGGG